UCCAUAUCAUUCUGCUUGAUCACACAUUCAUAUUCCCCCUCGUUGGCUACACUGACGGGAGAGAUUUCCAGAAAGAAGCCAUCCGGGGAGAGCUUGAGUUGCUCUGAGGAUUCUGGGUAGUCUGGAACCAGGGAGUCAUUGUAUUUCCAGGUGAUCUUAGCCCCAGCAAAGCUUUGUUGUUUUUGUCCAGGGAGACAUGGGAAGACCAGGGUGGAGCCAGGUACACCAAGCAGGACUCCAACGGAGGAAGAGAAAAGCUGGAUCGAGAGACAGAUGGACAACCAAACAAGAAGGUGGAGGCUGUAAGUGUAUAUCAACCAAAGCAGCAGCAAGGUGUGAGAGUACUGGCAACCGCCAGCUAUGGCAACGCAGUUCAGCAUCGAUGACGCGUUUGUGCUGGAGGGAGAGGACGAAGGGGUGACCGAUGGAGAGAAGGAAGGAUGGAAGGGCCGAGAGAAAGACAGAGAGGGGGGAGAGAUGACGUUCGGUACCCUGUCUUUUGCCAAACCCCAGACUCACCCGGCCUCCGCUGUGGCUGGCUCCCCCGACCACAGUAGCAGUCUGAAGUACCAGAAUCUGGAAAAUGAAGACGUCUUAGGCAGCAAUGGCAAUUCCUCUUUCAAUAACUUAUUCAAAAUCAGUGAUCCCGCUACUCUGUCUUACUGCAGCUCCCAGUGGUCGUUCAGCACCUUGAGUUCUGUCACCCAGCUCUCUGCACAGUGCUGCGGAUGGACGUCUCACCCUCUGGUGAAGAAGAACAGAAGAGUGGUCCUCGCUUCAUUCCUUCUCCUCGUCACUGGAGUCGCUCUCAUUUUCACUGGUGUCGUAAUACAAUUGAAUCCGGAUGCAGGGGUCUCAAGUGCCAUUUUCUUUGUCCCUGGAUUUCUUCUCUUCAUUCCUGGGGUGUACCAUGUGAUUUACAUCAGCUGUGCGGUUCGGGGAAGAAGAGGCUUCAAGUUCUUCUACUUGCCCUAUUUUGAAAAAUGACCUAUUGCACUACAACUUUUUUUUGGUCCAAUUUCCAGAAUCAUACUUUUUUCAAUUAUGUAACAGAAAUACAUUGUUCCAUGGAUGUUUUUUCUUAUUUUGUAAAACAUUUUUACCCUGUCUUUAUACUGACCACUACUACGGACUCAACCACUUUGUGCCUCAAUAAGCUUCCUGCACAUCCUGUAUGGAAGAGAAGGGAGUCUGAUUUGCCCUGUUUGUCAUGUCUCGUGAGUACAUAAUGACUGUGAAACUACAAUAAAAAAAUUUUUUUUUUUUGGUAUAUUA